CGCGAGCAGUUCAAAGCACUCGCGCGUUCUGGGGAUUCUACUUGGAGACUGGAAAGGAGCACUUUACCGUUUCAACUCUGCAGAGUUGAACGCAGACUCUUGACCGGCUGGCUUUGUUUUUGCUCAAUCAGGUGCGCGCCCGUUUGCGGAACCCGCGCUCAGACUCGAGCGCAAAGGCACCAAAUCGGCUUUGCGCACCGGGGAAAAAACACAAAAAACGGGAGUUGGUGCGUUUUCUCAGCAAACACUCAUUCAGACCCAACCUGGCACGUUAACGUCGCUUUAAGGACUUCCGUCUCGUGAGCGCGCAGAAUUGGCUCCCCGUUUUUACGCGCAGCGAGGCACCCACCCGUUUUUCGUAUGAAUCUCCUCGACCCGUACCUGAAGAUGACGGAGGAACAAGACAAGUGUCUCUCUGACGCCCCGAGCCCGAGCAUGUCCGACGACUCCGCGGGCUCCCCGUGCCCGUCCGGGUCGGGCUCCGACACCGAGAACACGCGGCCGUCGGAGAACGGGCUGCUGAGGGUGGACGGGAGCCUGGGCGACUUCAAGAAGGACGAGGACGACAAAUUCCCCGCGUGCAUCCGCGAGGCCGUGUCUCAGGUGCUGAAGGGUUACGACUGGACCCUCGUGCCCAUGCCGGUGCGCGUGAACGGAUCUACCAAGAACAAGCCGCACGUCAAGAGGCCGAUGAACGCGUUCAUGGUGUGGGCUCAGGCCGCGCGCAGGAAGCUGGCGGACCAGUACCCGCACCUGCACAACGCGGAGCUGAGCAAAACGCUGGGGAAACUCUGGAGGCUUCUCAACGAGGGCGAGAAGCGGCCGUUUGUGGAGGAGGCCGAGCGUCUGCGGGUGCAGCACAAGAAGGAUCACCCGGACUACAAAUACCAGCCCCGGCGGCGGAAGUCGGUGAAGAACGGCCAGAGCGAGCCGGACGACGGCGGCGAGCAGACGCACAUUUCCCCCAACGCCAUCUUCAAAGCCUUGCAACAAGCGGACUCCCCGGCCUCCAGCAUGGGAGAGGUGCACUCCCCCGGCGAGCACUCAGGCUCCCAGGGACCCCCGACUCCCCCCACCACCCCCAAAACGGAUGCCGCCUCGGGCAAGAUGGACCUGAAGCGCGAGGCCGGGCUCCGCUCUCUGCCCGACGCCCCCGCCGGGCGCCAGCUCAACAUCGACUUCCGCGACGUGGACAUCGGCGAGCUCAGCAGCGACGUCAUCUCCCACAUCGAGAGCUUCGACGUCAACGAGUUCGACCAGUACCUCCCGCCCAACGGGCACCCGGGGGGCCCCGGCGGCGCCGCCGCCGCGCCGCUCAGCUACACGGGCAGCUACAGCAUCAGCAGCGGCGGCCCGGCGAGCCCGGCGGCGGGCGGCGCCGCCGUUUGGAUGGGGAAAAGCCCGACCCAGCAGGGGCAGCAGCAGCAGCAGCACACUCUGACCACCCUGGGGGCCGGCGCCGGCUCCGAGUCGGUCCAGAGGACCCAGAUCAAGACGGAGCAGCUGAGCCCAAGUCACUACAGCGAGCAGCAGGGCUCCCCCCAGCACGUCCCCUACAGCCCCUUCAACCUGCAGCACUACAGCCCCCCCUCCUCCUACCCAGUCAUCUCCAGGGCACAGCAGUACGACUACGCUGACCACCAGGGGGGCGGCGGCGGCGCCGCCUCUUAUUACAGCCCCGCGGGGGCGGGCCAGGGCUCGGGGCUGUACCCGACUUUCAGCUACAUGAGCAGCCCCGGCCACAGGCCCAUGUACACGCCCAUAGCUGACAGCACGGGGGUGCCGUCCAUCCCCCAGAGCAGCACGCAGCACUGGGAGCAGGCUCCAGUUUACACGCAGCUGAGCAGACCCUGAGCUGCCUGGCAGACGGACGCGCACGCACACACACAGACACGCACGCACGCACACACACAGACACGCACACACACACACACACACACACACGAAUGCAGACACACUUCAAAACACUUUAGUCCAGGGAGAGUCUUCCUCUGAGUCAGACACUUGAAUUGAAAGAAGAGGAGAGCCGGACUUGUGAUCAGCUCACAUCGUGCCUUGUUAUUCUAUCAUGAUAGAAACUAUAUAUAUUUUUAGAGAGAAGAAAAGACUUAAAAUCCUCUGUGAGGACUUAUUGAUUGUCAAUAUUUCAGUAGGUACUGUUUGUGUUCUUUUACUCUUUUCAUCCUUCAUACGCUGGCUCUUUGGAACCCAUGGGAACGUGGGCUUGGGGAGGGUUUGGAUAAUUAUUUGUACCUGUAGAAAACCGAAAACUUUAUAUUUUUACUAACUGGCACCAAUCCUCUCAUUCUAUUGCAACCCCUGGGUUGUCUGGUUGUUUGUGUUUUUUGCCUUUGACAUUCAGAAAGCAUGGUUUAUAUUUAUGGUGUUAUUAAUGUUUAUACCCCCCCCCCCAUGAGUUACAGUAUGUGUCACAAUCCUUUGAAAAGCUAUUGGACAAUGCAGAGAGAGAGACAGACUGGGAUUCACAGUGCUAUGUCGUCUCCAUGAGGGGGAACGACCCCCCCCCCCCACCACCACCGUGCCUUGGAUUUUACAUUUUCUGUGUGUGUGUGCGCGUGUGUUUGUGUGUGCGCGUGUGCGAUGGCCACAGCUGAGAUUACACUUACCGUUCCACAACGUGCGUUCGACAGCUACAGGAAGUCACCUUUGACCUCUCUGGGUGCAGCGUCCCAUCAGUGUCCAACACACUCUCCACAGUGUCCUCCCUCCCCUGAAAACUAGUUCCAAACCCAGUUUUAAAACUUUAUUUAUUUAUUAGCUUUAAUUUUAUUUGAAAGUAAUUAUUUUACAUACUAUUCUAAUGCCCUCUGUGAUGUAUUUGCCAUAUAUUUCCCUUUUUAAGUUUAGACUUUCAACCGGGAGGUACUUAGACAGAAUGGUACACGCUGUAAUCGUCUUUUUUUUUUUUAUUUGGUAAGUUUGUUUAUUUAUCUUAUCUAAAUGUCUAUUUUAACUGUGUAUUUGGCUUUUUCCGACGGAGCCCACGUACUGAACCGCUUACAGAUUCAUUAUUUGUGAGGCUCUUUUGAGUUUGACUUUUAAUUGUGGCUGACAGAACUGGAAGGCGCUAUCUCGGUUAUCAGGAGCUCCUGCUUCCGUCAGGCUCACUGGAGGGAACCGCAUCCUUCUUUCUGGCUCCAUUUCAUGUUUUCUUCCCUCUCAAUAUCAAAGAACUGAUGCUGAUGCGCUUCUUUUCUGCAUCCUCGCCAUGUAU